UCACUCUCUCUGUGUGGCCCUCUCAUCUCGCUAUCCAAGCUCCCUCUCCUCUCGCUCUCCCCUCACCCACACUCUCUCCCUCUCGUCGUCUCCUCUCGCUGGCUCGCAGUUCAAAGGUUUACACACUCGGGAAGUUUUCUAGCUUUCGAACCGAACACAGCAGCAACAACCACCACAACAACAACCACAACAACAACCACAACAACAACAACCACCAUCCACCUCUCCCAAUGGACGCGAGAAAAUCGGCGAUUCCCGGGAGCGUCCUCAACGAUUUGUGCAGCCGCUUUAUCCUGCACGUGCCGAGUGAGGAGCGAGAGGCCCCGGUGCGACUCUGCUUUCAGAUCGAACUGGCCCACUGGUUUUACUUGGACUUCACGCGAGAGGGAGACACCAGCCUGCCGCUGCUCAGCCUCACAGACUUCGCCCGCGCUGUCUUCGCCCACUGCCCCUUCCUGCUGGGCGGCAACGAGGACGUCGCCUCGGUGCUGCAGGAUUGGAAGGAGUACAAGAUGGGGGUGCCCACCUACGGCGCCAUCAUCCUGGACCCCAGCCUGCAGCACGUGCUGCUGGUGCAGGGCUAUCUGGCCAAGUCUACGUGGGGUUUCCCCAAGGGGAAGGUGAACGAGGAUGAAGCUCCUCACGACUGCGCCGUGCGAGAGGUGCUGGAGGAGACCGGCUUCGAUAUCCGCGACCGCAUCGACCUGCGGGAGUUCAUCGAACUGCGCGUCAACGAGCAGCUGGUGCGUCUCUACAUCAUCCCCGGGGUGCCCAGGGACACCGCCUUCACCCCGCGCACGCGCAAGGAGAUCCGGAGCAUCGAGUGGUUCCUCAUCGAGGACCUCCCCUCGCACCGGAACGACGUGACGGCCAAGACUCGCACCGGCCUGGGCCCCAACAAGUUCUUCAUGACCAUCCCCUUCAUAAAGCAUCUGCGAGAAUGGAUCGGUUCUCACUCUCCAUCUCCGGCAGACAGCGGUUGGGUCAAGCAGCCCUCACACAGCAGCAGCAGCAGCACCACGCGGCAGUGGGAACCCAAGCUGAUGUCGAAGCAGCGGCAGCAGAGAUAUUUCAUUCAACAAACCCAGAAUGAGUUCAACGAGAUCCUGAAGGUGAAGGGUCAGCCCCGGCCUCGCAACCAAAAUUCACCCAUCCACAAAAAGAGACACAGCCAGGUUCCUCCGAGGCUUCAGGCGAAGAAUUCUUCUACCGUCGCAGCCGCCUCCAGCGUUGACGCAGCUCCGGAACCGUUGCCCUCUUGGAGCUUGACACAGUCCCCGGGCGUCCCAGGGAGCCUGCCGAUGGCCACCACCACCGGCACCGCCACAACCGCCACCACUGCAGUUGCCACCACCGCGGCGCCGCCACGCAUCUUCUUUUCUCCUAGCAUGGCGACGUUCUGCUUCGACUGGGCUCCAGUGAUGCACUGCUUCGACUCCUAGCGAGCGAUGAGAGGGGAGAGGGAGGGGAGAGGGAGAGCGAAGGGAGAGAGUGGAGAGAAAGGUGAGG